CACACUCCCAACAACAUGUGCUCCACUGGAUGUUGCUCCACAGGAUGCUGCUCCGUCGUGAAGACCAAGACCGUGUGCUGCAGCCCCUGCCAGAAAACCGUGUGCUGCAGCCCCUGCCAGAAAACCGUGUGCUGCGAGAAGAGCGUGUGCUGCAGCCCCUGCCAGCAGUCCUGCUGCUGCGACCCGUGCCAGAAGACAGUGUGCUGUGACCCGUGCCAGAAGACAGUGUGCUGUGACCCGUGCCAGAAGACAGUCUGCUGUGACCCAUGCCAGAAGACAGUGUGCUGUGACCCAUGCCAGUCUGUGUGCUGUGACCCGUGCCAGCAGGCAGUCUGCUGUGACCCAUGCCAGAAGCCCUGCUGUGACCCAUGCCAGCAGUCCAGCUGCUGUGACCCGUGCCAGUCUGUGUGCUGUGACCCAUGCCAGCAGUCCAGCUGCUGUGACCCGUGCCAGUCUGUGUGCUGUGACCCAUGCCAGCAGUCCAGCUGCUGUGACCCGUGCCAGUCUGUGUGCUGUGACCCGUGCCAGUCUGUGUGCUGUGACCCGUGCCAGAAGACUGUCUGCUGUGACCAGUGCAAGCAGCCCGUGUGCUGCACCAAGGUGUGCCAGAAGUCCGUCUGCUGUGUGCCCCAGCCCUGCUGCUCCUCCUGCUGCUCCUACGUGGUGAAGAAGCCCAUGGUGGUUUGCUACAGCCCCGUGCAGUGCUGCACCACUGUCAGGAAGUGCUGUGUCCCCUGCAUCCCCAUCCAGCAGUGCUGCAUCAAGAAGAGCUGCUGCAGAGUUGGGAUUCUUCAGCCUGGAGAAGAGAAGCUUCGGGGUGACCUGAUUGUGGCCUUGCAGGACCUGAAGGGAUCCUGCAAGAAACAUGAGGAGAAACUAUUUAGAAGGGCCUGGAGUGACAGGAUGAGUGGGAAUGGAUUCAGAUUGACAGAGAGGAGGGAGGAAGGUGUUCAGGACUAUAAAAGGUCUCCUGGCCCAGCUCGCUUCAUUCGCUCAUCUUCUCCUCCCUUCACCUCUCCUCACUCUUCAACAGGCUUUGCCAACUCUCCAACCAACAAGAUGCCCAACGGAGGCUGUGGCUGCUGCGGAGGAGGAAGCUACUCCAUGACCUGCUACAGCACCCCCUCGUGCUGCAAGACCCCGAUGUGCUGCUCCCCCAUGCAGUGCUGCAGCCCCUGCUGCAUGCCCGUGCAGUCCUGCUGCAUGCCCAUGUCCUGCUGCUACACCAUCAGCAACAACAACAGGGGCUGCUGCGGCGGCUGCUGCGGCGGCAACUGAGCCCCCGGCCCUGCCCGCUGCCCUCCCGGCUCACCUGUGCUUCCAGACGUGGAUAUGGACCUGGACACCACCCCUGCUUUGCUUAGACACUGUAGAUCUCCUGUCCUUUGCCUCCCUCCAUGAGCCCUGGGCCCGCUGCUCCUCUUCUCUGGGUGUGUGGGAUGUUGGAUGCUUCAGUUCUCCCUUUCCUCCCUUUAACCUCUAAUUAGUCAUGAAUCAUAAUAAAA